AUGGGAUUCAAGAAGUGCGAAUCGGACCACUGCAUCUACAUCAAGCGAGACGACCAAGACAUGAUUCUCGUGGUGCUCUACGUCGAUGAUCUCAUCCUGGCCAGCAGCAACAACGAACUCCUCAAGUCGACCAAGAUGGCGCUGAGCAAACGCUUCGAAAUGACGGAUCUCGGUGAGCUCGAUUACUUUCUCGGCAUGGAGAUCAAGAACGACCGUAAGACGGGAAUGGUGACUGUACAACAAACCAAGUUUCUCAAGUCCGUGUUAACCAAGUUCGGAAUGGAUAACAGCAAGCCAGUGAAGACGCCUCAAGAUCCCGGCCUGAAGCUAACCAAGAACAUGUGUGAACAAGAAUGCAAGCACGAAGACACCAUGUGCAACGUGCCAUAUCGAAGUGCUGUCGGAGGCAUCAUGUAUCUCAUGGUCGCCACACGUCCGGAUCUAGCUGCUGCAGUGGGAUCAUUAUCCCAGUUCUCGUCCGACCCAUGCCCGACUCACUGGCAAGCUUUGAAGCGUGUGCUGAGAUACCUGCAAGCAACGCCCAAUCAUGGUCUUGAGUUUACACGUCAAGAAGGAAGCCGUAUCUGCGGGUACACCGACGCAGACUGGGCCGGCGACAUUGAGUCAAGACGAAGUACAAGCGGCUAUGUGUUCAUGAUGAGCGGAGGAUGCAUCAGCUGGAAAAGCCAGAAACAACGGACGGUCGCGCUAUCUUCAACAGAAGCAGAAUACAUGGCGCUUUCCGAAGCAACCAAAGAAGCAGUAUGGCUCAAGGUGCUUUUGGGGGAACUUGGUGAGAUGACAAGCGACGAAGCGAUCAAGAUGUAUGAAGACAACCAAGGAUCAAUCGCUCUCGCCAAGAACCCGGAGUUCCAUAAGAGAACAAAACACAUCGACAUACGCUACCAUUUUGUGCGUGAGAAGGUGGAAUCAGGUGAAGUCGUUUUGGAGUAUUGCCCGACUCAAGAUAUGCUGGCAGACAUGAUGACCAAGCCGAUCGCCGCUGUACAAUUUGAAAACAUUCGCGAUCGACUUGGGAUCCAAGGUGCCGCAGCUAACGAGUCGAGAGGGAGUGUUGAAAAGACAGCGGCUGUGAAGAAGACACCUCGUCAAGCUGCGUCAAGUGUUGAAGCAAGUGGAAGACCAAGCUUCGCUAUACCGGUGGGUACCGGUAUGUACCAGUAA